CAGCUCGGGGAACAUGUUUUAUUUUCACUGCCCCCCUCAUCUGGAAGGUUCGCCUCCUUUUGGGGCUCACUCUGCCUCAGAGUUUGACGAUGGCUUUCUGCGCAGAAAACAACGGAGGAACCGAACCACAUUCACACUGCAACAGCUGGAAGCCCUGGAAGCUGUGUUUGCCCAGACACACUAUCCUGAUGUGUUUACCAGAGAAGAACUUGCAAUGAAAAUUAACCUCACUGAAGCCAGAGUACAGGUGUGGUUCCAAAACCGCCGAGCAAAGUGGCGAAAAACUGAAAGGGGCAGCUGUGAUCAAGAAGGAGCAAAGGAAACAGCCCCAGAAGUUAUCACUGCUGGGAGAAAUAUCAGCCCCCCUUCUACAGUGGAGCCUGUGCGAGGAAAGAAAGAAACCUUGGAAGCACACCAAAGGUGUCUGUCCCAUGACCGAGAUGUGGGUUCUGCAACUUCUUUUUUUCCCUCUUGCCUGCCUGGAUCUCUCCUAAACACAGCAAGUUAUGCUCAAGCUCUUUCACAUGUGGCUUCUCUGAAGGGCAGUCCUUUGUGUUCUUGCUGCGUAUCAGACCCCUUGGGUCUUUCCUUCUUACCCCCAUACAGCUGCCAAAGUCAUCGCACAGCCAGUGUAGCAGCCCUCCGAAUGAAAGCACGGGAGCAUUCGGAAGCAGUACUCCAAUCUGCACAACUUCUGCCUACAGCAGGGAACAGCACUGGAGCAUCAGCCUCUGCCCCUCUUGAGGGAGGACCAGAGCAACAGGCUGAACAAAAUGACACAGAAAAAAAUGUAUGAGAGAACAUAAUAGAGAACAAAAUGACAACAAAAAUGUAUCUGACACCCACCGUGAUGUGCAUUGCCUAUAUAGCCUGAAAGAUGGGGCAUGUGAUCUACCAAGUUCUUGUCACUCCCUUAUGGGGAAAAAAAACAGCAAUGUUUUCAUCAGAAUCCUUGCUUCAUCCAACUGCCAUGGGCUCCAGACUUGCUUAAGAUAAUUAAGAGAGGGCUGUGUAAUGGAUGAGUCCAUUGUUCAACACGCAGACUGUUAAUAUAUUAAAUGCACCCCUUGCAAACAAAGA